AUGAAGAGCCCUUUCCUCAAAUCUGACCCCGUAUUCUCUCCUUUUGUUCCGGCCAAUGAAAAAGGCAUUCGACAAGAAUUACAAGGCAAGGAGAGACAGCUCUCCGUACUCGAAGGGCAAGCAAGACAGCUGAGACUCGAGAUAAACCGUCUUCGAAGCUUCCUCUCACCCAUCCAAUCCCUUCCCGUCGAGUUACUUGCUUGCAUCUUUGCUAUAGCCUGUGAGGGCGAGGUUAUCAAGCUUUGGGAAGAGUUCUCCAUGGCGCCCCCUCCCACCGCAAUCCUGAUUGCUCAGGUCUGCAAACACUGGCGCGCCGUCGCCACGACUACGCCUGAGCUGUGGUCACAGCUAGAUAUGUACAUCGGGGAUUGCCACAACGAAGGCAAGCUCAAGGAAUUAGAGCCAUGCAUCAUCCAUUCGAAGACACGUGCUGGCCGCCGUCACUCGUGGUUCAUCAGAACGGUGAAAGCGUUUCUCGACCGCUCACAGUCAUUACCGCUCAACCUCGAGCUAUUCAAUUACGAGGAAAAGCUUCACUCAAAAAACAGGUGCACCGUGCACUCUGCAGAGCGCAUUGUCAUCGACAACGCGGACAGGAUCCAAGAGCUCUACCUCAGUUUCGUCGAUCUGGGGACAUUCCCCUCCUCCCUCCAGUUCCCAAUUCUAGAAACUCUGACUCUCCGGCACUUCCGCUUCCCAGAAACGGCCACCCGCUUCGUUGCCCCCAGAUUAUCCAAGCUCGUCUAUAUCGACCCGGAUGUCCAAAUGGUCCAUCGUCAAAUCAAGUUCCAACUCUCCUGGCCGUCCCUCUCCGAACUCACUUUCUUCUGGGAUCUGAAUUCAAAAGGGGUCAGCAAAGCAUUCUUCACAGUCCUGAAGCAAGUGGAGCAGCUCAAAACACUUUGCGUCAAAUUCAACAAAUGGCGUUUUGUCGACACUGGAACACAGCACUCGUACAUCCGACUACCGCACCUCCAGACUCUUGAAAUACAAGAUGCCUCGGAGCAAUUCCUCUGUAGAGGAUAUUUGGCGAAUUUCGCUGCCCCAGCGCUAGAAACGUUUGAACUGUUCAUCGCGGACUACCCAUAUGAAGACCAGCCGGAAGUGCUCGCUGAUAUUCGAGACUUUCUGGAAUUCGUUCCUGGUUUGAAGUCAUUACGAAUAGGUCUAUGCGACGCCAACUUCCUCAUUCCAGAUGACCGCAUUCAACCGAACAGUUAUAAGAUUUUUGCUUUACUGGACAAGACGGUUGCUGCCAUGAAAGAUGCAGACGAGCGAGUCUUUGGAAGGACUAAUUCGACUGACCGGCAGAAGAUGGCGUUUGCCGCUGCCGUACCAGAAAGAACUGUGACCGUGACAGAGUGGCCUGAAACGCGCGAGUCUGGAUGUUUGGUCGAAAAACUGUUUGGUUGGGCUGCGAGAAAUACUGAGCCCAGGCGCCGUCGCAGGCGCAACAUGUUAAGGAAGGAGUACUUAGACAAGGCACUCGACUCGGAGCGCAUGGAAGCCCUAGAAUCCAUAUUCCAGCUACUGGUAGAUGACGAGAUUCCAGGACGGCGUUCGUUACUUGUGCAGUUGUAA